CCGCAUACACGUGUGUCGUGUGUAUCGCUGCUGAAUGUGAGGUUAUGUGACAUAGAGAUUAUCAGUUCUCGUUAUUAUUGCAAUAGCGGUUUUUUUCCGUGAAUACAAAAAGGAGAGCAAGACGUCGAAAUGUCGUCGUGGAAGAAAGCCGCGAAGGCGAGCCAGAAGACCCAUCGGGAACGUCACCAGCCGGAGACCCGCAAACACCUGGGGCUGCUGGAGAAGAAGAAGGACUACAUCGCCCGAGCCAGGGACUUCCAAGAGAAGCGUGCGACCAUCAAGCUCCUGAGGAAGCGCGCGCUGAACAAGAACCCGGACGAGUUCCACUUUCACAUGAUCAACUCCAAAGUGGUGAACGGCGUUCAUCGGGAGAAGGACAAGGAGGAUCAGCACACGCCCGAGCAGAUCAAGCUGAUGGAGACGCAGGACCUCAGGUACGUGGCGUACAAGAGGAACAUCGAGGCGAAGAAGAUAGACAAGAUGCAGAGCCAGUUGCACAUGAUCGACGCGGCCAACGAGACGCGGAAUAAGCACAUCUUUUUCGUGGACGACAGUGCCGAGAUGAGGAACUUUGACCUCGCCGAGAAAUUGAACACGCAUCCGGCGCUUCUGUCCAGGCGCACCAAUCGGCCAACGUUGGACGCGAUCAAGCGUAUGAAGCUACCGGAACUCGAUAAUAAGACUAUCGCUAAGCUCGAACAGAAGAAACACAUGGCCUACAAAGAACUCGAGAAGAGGGUCAACCGCGAACGCGAACUGACGGUCGUUCAGCAGAAGUUAGAGAUGCGCAGAGCGCUGAAAGACAAGAAAACCAAGAAACCGAAACUAGUGAAGCCUGGCUCGAAGGAUACCGCUCCUAUUUAUAAGUGGAAGUUUGAGAGAAAACGAUAAUUUAUUUAUAUUAUAGAUUUUUUUAUGAUUAGGUAUAAUAUUAGUUAAUUAUGAAUAUCGAGUAAAAAUGUAUAUACAUAGCUUUCAUCAUUUUCGAUAUUAUUCUUUUAACGUUUGCGAUAAGUCGAUAAUAAACAAUCACGUUUUUCGAUAAAUAAAUUCCAUUGAGCAGUAAUUUAAUAAUAACGAUCAAAUCUAUUCUUA